GUGGGGCAUGAUGGCGCUACCCCUGAGAGCUGCUGGCUGGUGGAAGAGCUCACCAUCAUUGUGCCCACCAAAGGUGUCAUGUAUAACUUUGUCUGUAAGUGCUGGCUGGCCAGAGACAAAGGUGAUGGUCUCACCUCACGAAUCCUCAAUAUCCUGGAUGCGGAUUGUGUUAACGUUGGCCUCAAGAUCCUCUAUGAAGUCACGGUUGUGACUGGAGACAUCGAAAGCGGCGGUACUGACGCCAAUAUUUUCAUGACUGUCUUUGGAUCCAAUGGGAACACUGAGGAGAUGCAGCUGGAUAAAAAUGGAGACAGGUUUGAGCGAGGCCAAGAGGACAGUUUCAUCAUGGAGAUCGCCGAUAUCGCACCCCUCAGGAAGAUGAGGAUCCGGACAGACGGGAAGGGGACUCGCCCACACUGGUUCCUGGAAAGGAUCAUCCUGAAGAACCUGACUAAUCAAGAAGUGGCCAUAUUUACCUAUGGGGAAUGGCUGUCAAAGCUGAAAAAUGCCAAGGGAAGUCUUGUGUGUGAGAUGCCAGCUGUCAUAAAUGAUGAGCAGAUGAUGGAGGACACGACAUACACCCUUCAGGUUAAAACCAGUGAUGUUGGAGGAGCAGGCACCGAUGCCAACGUGUCUUUGAUCCUGUUUGGGGAGAAUGGAGACAGUGGGACCUUGGCUCUGAAGGAGUCCAACAAGUCUAACAAGUUUGAGAGGAACCAGAUGGACGAAUUCAACUUCUCGGACAUGCUGAGCUUGGGAGAUCUCUGCAAAGUGCGGAUCUGGCAUGACAACAAAGGAAUCGCACCAGGUUGGCACUUGGAAUAUAUUGAUGUGAAUGACUCCGCUAUGGACAAGACAUUUCGCUUCCAGUGUGAUCGCUGGCUGGCUAAAGGUGAAGACGAUGGGCAGCUCAUAAGGGAACUAGCUUGUGCCAAUAACGACAUCCUGGAACUGAAGGAACGGACCGCCUAUGAGAUUGUCACAGUAACAAGCGACAGAGAGGAUGCAGAAACAAAGGAAAACAUCUGGAUCAUCUUAGAAGGAAAGCUGGGCCGCUCGAAAGAAUUCCUUAUGGAAAACUCCUCCAAGAAAAGGAGAUUUGAAAGGGGAGCAACAGACACAUUUCAAUUUUCUUCAAAGAACGUUGGUGAUAUUGCAGCCAUCUGUGUUGGUCACUGCCCAAAAGAUGGAAAGAAGUCAUCUGCAAAAGCCGAUGUCUUCUGGCAUGUCCAAGAGAUUAUCAUAACUGAGAUGGAGCUUUGCAACAAAUACUUUUUCAGGUGCAAUGUGAAAAUCCCUCUGCGUUAUAAGAGACGGGACUACAAAGUCUUCGAGUGUGCCAAGGUCACCGAGAGCUUUGCCAGCAAAGCCCGGAGCUUGGUGCCAGUCAAAUAUGAGACCAUCGUGGUCACAGGCUUUGAAAAGGGUGCAGGGACCGACGCCAACGUGUUCAUCACCAUCUUCGGGUUGAACGGGGACUCGGGAAAGCGGGCGCUGAAGCAGAAGUUCAGGAACCUCUUUGAGCGCGGCAAAACCAACAGGUUUUACCUGGAAACAUUGGACAUGGGAGAGCUAAAAAAAGUCCGGAUUGAGCACGACAACAGCGGUCUGGCGCCCGGUUGGCUGGUGGAGCGGGUGGAGAUCACCAACUCGGCGACUGGCGUGACCACCAUAUUUCCCUGUGGGAAGUGGCUGGAUGAAAACCGGGGUGAUGGGUUAAUCUGGAGAGAGCUUUUUCCCAGAUACUGA